AUGACCUCCAGACUAGAUCGUCUCGUCACGUUACUCGAGACUGGCAGUUCUACUCUCAUUCGUAACACAGCCGCCCAGCAACUGGCAGAUGUUCAAAAGCAACAUCCAGAUGAACUCUUCAACCUGCUCGGGCGCAUUCUUCCCUAUCUCAAGUCCAAAUCAUGGGAUACACGGACCGCUGCCGCCAAGGCAAUGGGUCUGAUUGUCGCAAAUGCUGACACAUUCGAUCCCAACCAGGAUGAUGGCGAGGAUAUCAAGAAAGAUGAAGAGGGCGAGGACGAUGUCAAAGUCAAGUCGGAAGAAGAGCCAAUCUCAGCAGCGGCAGAUGAGUCACUGCGACUUGAAAGUCUCGAUCUUGUCUCUAUCCUCAAAUAUGGUAGGCGCCUGUUGGGCAGCGGGGGCAAGAACCAAGAAUAUCUCUUGGCUGCCAUGGACUCUGCGGCUAGGCUGCAGCACCAGAAGAAGUCACUAAAUGGGCGGCUUGGUCUUGAGGGAGAAUAUCACGACGGUGACUCGCUAAAUGAGAGCGAAAUGCCUCCGAAGACGCCAGGUUCGAAGGAAAAUGCAUCAAAUUUCUUCGCUUCGAAGGAGAACAAUCAUCUCAACUCCAACGCCCACCCAUUGGCCUCUCCUAUUGAGCCUGUCAACGGCGAAGAGUCUGGACUCAGCAAAAGGCAGCUGAACCAACUGAAGCGCAAAAGCAAAAAGGAUGCGAGAAUGGGUGCGAACAAAGUCCGAGUAGUCGACCUGGCCGGCCGGCGCGCGUCCGAAAACGUCACCACUCCUUUAAUAAGUACUCCCCAUCCAGUGAAAUCAGAGAAUGGCGACGGGCAGAAUGGCGAUGCAAAGCCAGAUUAUUUCUCUCUUGACAGACCGGCAGGUGACGACGACGAAUCUAAGAUCGUAUCGGAAUUCAAAGGAGCAGCGCUUCCAGACAAAUCUAUCAUUCAGCCUGAACUCGCGGAAGAUACCGAGAACGUUGCAUGGCCUUAUGAACGCAUGUGCGAGUUUCUAAUGGUGGAUAUCUUCGAUUCUAACUGGGAAGUUCGACACGGUGCCGCAAUGGCUCUUCGAGAGGUCAUCCGUAUCCAAGGCGCUGGGGCGGGACGCUUGCAUGGGAAAACAAGGCCUGAGAACAAUAUACUGAACCGGAAAUGGCUAGAUGAUCUUGCUUGUCGAUUACUUUGCGUUUUGAUGCUGGACCGCUUCGGUGAUUACAUUUCUGACAAUGUAGUUGCACCUAUCCGGGAAACUGUCGGCCAGACGUUGGGUGCACUUUUGUCGCAUCUGCCUACUCGAUCAGUCGUGGGUGUCUAUAGAUGUCUCUAUCGGCUCAUCAUGCAGAACGACUUGGCUCUAGAGCGCCCGGUCUGGGAGGUCUGCCACGGAGGUAUGAUAGGUUUGAGGUACUUGGUAGCAGUUCGCAAAGAUCUUCUAGUCAAGGACUCCCUGUUGAUGGACGGUGUCUUGGAAGCAGUUAUGCAUGGACUGGGCAAUUUCGAUGAUGACGUUCGUGCUGUUAGUGCUGCAACGCUUGUGCCUAUCGCCGAAGAGUUCGUCAACUCCAGAAAGUCCACCCUGGGCCCACUCAUGAAUAUAGUGUGGGACUGUCUUUCCAACCUUCAGGAUGACUUGAGUGCUAGUACCGGCUCGGUCAUGGACCUCCUGGCAAAGCUCUGCACUUUCCAGCCGGUGCUCAACGCCAUGAAAGAAAAUGCGGCCGAGAAUUCGGAGUCGUCCUUUGCUAAUCUUGUUCCUCGUCUCUAUCCGUUCCUGCGCCAUACGAUUACCAGUGUACGCUCUGCGGUUCUCCGAGCCCUCACAACAUUUUUGCAGCUUGAAGGCGAGGGCACCAACGACUGGGUAGACGGUAAAGGAAUGCGUCUGGUUUUCCAAAACUUACUGGUCGAGCGAAAUGAAGGUGUCCUGAAACUCUCCCUUCAGGUUUGGUCAGAGUUGCUCAAGUCCUUGGACAACCGUGGCGUAUUCAAAUCCGAUCCGGAUUUGCCGACCCAUAUUCACCCACUGAUCCAGUUGAGCAUGGCACCCUUUGGUGUUCCCCUUUACCCCAUCCCUAUGAAUGCUUGGCUUUUCAUCAAGCCAUCUGGCUUACCCUUUUCCGUGAUCAAUUCGACUCCCGCCAAGUCCUCGCCUACUUCCACAACAAGCUCGACAGAUGGGCCCAAGAAGCGAGGUCGCAAACCGGAGAAGAAGGAAACACCUGCUCCCAGUUCUACGCACGAUGUCGAUGCGCACAUGCUCAAGGGUGAUAUUGACAUGGUUGGCGCGGAUACAAUGUUGCGAUCGAAAAUCUACGCCGCUAGGGCUCUCGGCGGACUCCUCUCAAUCUGGGAUAAAAACGGGCUUGACAGCCUAUGGGGCCCGAUCAUGGACGGCCUCAGUCAUCCCGCGUCCUCAUCUCAGCUUUCGACAGCCAUGAUAGUGGAGGAAUAUGCCAAGCUUGUUGGGUCGGAUAGCAAGUAUGCGGCUGCUUUGUGCGAGAAGCUUCAACCAAUCGUCGAAGGAGACCGCCCUCCUUGGUAUAGUGACAUCUCGUGCUACCUGAGUGUUGCUCGUGCUCAAUGUCAUUCAUUACUCAAUACUUUCCGAGAGACCGCGCCGAAUCUCAAGUCCGAAAGACUGACUUCACUUGCCGUCGUUGUACAGGGAGACCCGGAUGCGGGUCCAAAUGCUUUCUCCCUGGCAAAAGCUUACCAGGUAAUUGGGCCAGAUUUUGAGAAGCUGAAGAGUCAAUUAUCACCUGCGCAACGGAUCACCUCUACCAAAGUUCUCACCGAGACCAGAGCCACGGCAGAAAAUGCUGUCAUCCAUGCCAAGGAAGCGAGAGAGACAAGGGACAUGCGAAUUAAAGCUGCGGCUGCAGGAGCGCUGGUCAACUUCCAUGCAAUCCCCAAGAAACCUGGUAACAUUAUCAAGGGAGUCAUGGAGAGCGUUAAGACGGAGGAGAGCGCAGAGCUUCAGCAACGCUCUGCGACCGCUGUAGCAGCUCUGGUGGAACACUACACGAGUGCGGCCAAGAGAGGCCCGGUUGAUAAGGUCAUUGGUAACUUGGUAAAAUACUGCUGCGUUGAUACGUCUGAGACGCCGGAGUUUGAGCGUAACAAGGAACACGAGGAAUUAAUCCUAUCUCUGCGGAAGGAGGAGGAUCGGCGUGAACAUGCUGAUGCUGCCACUUUUGAGAGGGAGGCCAAGGAGGCAAGAAUCAUGCGCCGCGGUGCCAAAGACGCGCUGGAACAGCUUGCCGUGAAUUUCGGACCACAACUCACUGAGAAGGUCCCCAACCUCGCAUCAUUAGUUGAACGACCUCUCAAGAAAGCGCUGUCUGGUGACCUACCAGCAAAUAUCGUUGACCCUGAGAACGUCCUGGGCCAGGAGGUUAUAGAUGGAUUGUCGACGUUGAGGGCCUUGCUCCCCAGGUUCGAUCCUGGUUUGUAUCCGUGGGUCGUCUCCCUCAUGCCUCUUGUCGUCAAAGCCCUUCAGUGCAAGUUAUCUGUUAUCAGGUACGCAGCAGCCAAGUGCUUUGCUACUAUUUGUAGCGUUGUUACCGUGGAAGGUAUGACGAUGCUCGUGGAGAAAGUGCUGCCAACCAUCAGCAAUGCGUUGGACGUCCAUCAUCGCCAGGGAGCGGUUGAGUGCAUCUACCAUCUGAUUCAUGUCAUGGAAGACGGCAUCUUACCAUAUGUUAUCUUCCUUGUUGUGCCAGUUCUUGGAAGGAUGAGUGACUCGGACAACGAUGUCAGAUUGCUUGCCACGACCUCGUUUGCGACAUUGGUCAAACUCGUGCCAUUGGAGGCGGGCAUUCCAGACCCGCCAGGGCUUUCGGAGAAACUGCUCGAAGGACGUGACCGGGAGAGGAAAUUCAUGUCUCAAAUGCUGGACUCGCGCAAGGUUGAAGAGUUCAAGUUGCCUGUUGCAAUCAAGGCAGAGCUGCGCCCUUACCAGCAAGACGGUGUCAACUGGCUUGCGUUCCUCAACCGCUAUAAUCUCCACGGAAUUCUUUGCGACGACAUGGGUCUUGGAAAGACGCUGCAGACCAUCUGCAUUGUCGCAAGCGACCAUCAUAUGCGGGCCGAAGACUUUGCUAAGACCCAGAAACCCGAAUCCCGCAAGGUUCCAUCUCUCAUAGUCUGUCCUCCAUCGCUCUCUGGUCACUGGCAACAAGAAGUCAAACAAUAUGCACCGUUCCUCAACUGCGUUGCUUACGUUGGGCCGCCCGCGGAGCGUUCAAAGCUGCAGGCAUCUCUUGCAGAUGCGGACAUUGUCGUAACGUCUUAUGAUAUUUGCCGCAACGACAAUGAUAUACUCCGACCGAUUAGCUGGAAUUACUGCGUUUUGGAUGAAGGUCAUCUCAUCAAGAACCCUAAGGCCAAGGUCACGCAGGCGGUUAAACGCAUCAACAGUAAUCACCGUCUGAUUCUGUCGGGGACGCCCAUUCAAAACAACGUGUUAGAGUUGUGGUCUCUGUUUGACUUUCUGAUGCCGGGCUUCCUCGGUACGGAGAAGGUAUUCUUGGACAGGUUCGCCAAGCCGAUCGCCACGAGUCGUUUCAGCAAGUCCUCAAAGGAACAAGAAGCAGGGGCUCUGGCAAUUGAGGCGCUUCACAAGCAGGUGCUUCCAUUCCUCCUUCGCCGUUUGAAGGAAGAAGUAUUGAAUGACCUUCCGCCCAAGAUCAUUCAAAACUACUAUUGUGACCCCAGUGACCUGCAGAAGAAGCUGUUCGAGGACUUUACGAAGAAAGAGCAGAAAGCCCUGCAGGACAAGAUGGGAAGCUCAGAGAAGUCCGACAAGGAGCACAUCUUCCAGGCUCUGCAAUACAUGCGCCGUCUCUGCAACUCCCCUGCUCUUGUAGUCAAAGACGGGCACAAGCAGUACAACGAGGUUCAGGACUAUCUGCAGAAGAAGAAAUCCUAUAUCCGCGAUGUAGCGCACGCGCCUAAGCUUAGCGCUCUCAGGGAUCUACUUUUGGACUGUGGAAUCGGCGUUGAACCCACUGAAGGCAACUUGGCGCCGGGCGCUAGCUACGUCAGCCCGCACCGAGCUCUGGUGUUCUGUCAGAUGAAGGAGAUGUUGGACAUUGUGCAAAGCGAGGUGCUUCGAAAGCUCCUUCCUUCCGUGCAGUUCCUGCGCCUCGAUGGCGGUGUUGAAGCCACCCGACGCCAGGAUAUAGUGAAUCGGUUCAACUCGGAUCCUAGUUACGAUGUUUUGCUUCUCACUACCAGUGUCGGUGGUCUUGGUCUUAACCUCACGGGUGCAGACACCGUCAUUUUUGUGGAGCACGACUGGAACCCGCAGAAAGAUAUCCAAGCCAUGGACCGAGCACACCGUAUUGGACAGAAGAAGGUGGUGAACGUCUACCGAUUGAUUACCCGAGGAACCUUGGAGGAGAAGAUCUUGAAUCUGCAACGAUUCAAGAUCGACGUGGCCUCAACGGUAGUCAAUCAGCAGAACGCCGGGCUGAACACGAUGGACACAGACCAGCUGCUGGAUCUAUUCAAUCUCGGCGAAACAGCAGAGAAUGCGGAGAAACCAACAGAAACAGGCGGCAAAGAAGUCGACAUGGUCGACAUAGACGGCGAACUGAAGGAGAAGGGCAAGAAGGGCUGGCUUGACGAUCUAGGCGAGCUGUGGGACGACCGACAGUACCAGGAAGAGUAUAACCUGGACUCGUUCUUGUCUACUAUGAAGGGAUAG